AUGAGGCGGCACACUCUCAACAUUCUUCUUUCUCAGUCCCAGCAUGGUGAACCAACUAUCAAGGGAAUGAGCAGUGGUUCGAAAAGAUCAUCUGAGGCAUCUAACCCUGGAAAUGAUGUUCAAGAAUCGGCCAGCAUAGUUCGGUGUGGGAUAAACCCCCAACGGCCUACUUCACAACAAGAUGUUCCAAAGGCAACUGAUCUAAAGACAUUGAGGAGGCUUGCUCAGAAUAGAGAAGCAGCAAGAAAAAGCAGGCUUAAGAAAAAGGCGUAUGUUCAGAAUCUGGAGUCCAGUCAAAUAAAGCUAAAUCAGUUACAGCAGGAAAUGCAAAAUGCUAGAGCACAAGGAAAUUUAUUGAGCAGAAAUGCAAAUGUGGGAGAGCAAGGCCUCCCUUAUACCAACAUAACUCCGGGUGCAACACAAUUUAAUAUGGAAUAUGCGCAAUGGCUGGAGGAGCACCACCACCUGACGGUGGAUCUGAAGGGGGCGGUCAACGAGUACCGGCCGGAGGACGAGCUCUGUGUCGCCAUCGGCAACUGGUUGGCCCACUGCGACCAGAUGGUUGGCCUCAAGAGCAAGGCCCUCAAGAACGACAUCUUCCACGUCUUCUCCGGAAUGUGGAAGGCACCGGCAGAGCGCUGCUUUAUGUGGAUGGGUGGUUUCCGGCCGUCAAUGGUCAUCAAGAUAGCGGUGGAUCAGAUGGAGGGCUUGAUGGAGCAUCAACGGGCGGAGCUUUGUAGGCUGCAGCGGUCGACCCACGACGCGGAAGAGGCGAUCACUCAUGAGUUCAAGAAGUUGGAUCGAUCUCUGACCCAAACCAUCUCUUGCAACACUCUCAAUUUGCCACCAGAUGUGAACACUUACAUGACUCAAAUGGCUAUUGCCAUUUACCAAGUCUCUGCUCUCCAAGGCCAUGUCACACAGGGUGAUAGCUUGAGGCAUCAAACCCUUCACCGGCUGCAGCGGCUUCUGACUGUCCGCCAAGCCGCUCAGUGUUUUUUGGUCAUCGACGAGUACUUCCACCGCCUCCGCUCCCUCAGCACCCUUUGGCUCAACCGCACCCGCCACGACUAA